UGUGUUCAUCAUUAAAAGAACUCUCGUGUUAAAACUCAUUACCUGGAAAACUUUUUUUUGUCUUUCAAAAAUAAAACUGCAAAAUCGAUGGUUGCUCAGGCAUGUACUCAUGUAUUGAUUUUAGGAACUCUCCGACAUACACGGACAUCGUGGAUGCGUGUUUAACACAGACUUAGUGGAUUACAGCAGGAAUACAUAUACUUACUGGUUAAGAUCUGACAACUUCUUCAGCAGCAACUUGCCUUUAUUUUCUUUGGACAUACGGUGACCAUGGGAGAUACGGGACCGGAAGCUUCAAUCAGCUGUGUGCCAGGUGAUCGGACAAUAAGCUGUGUGGCUAAGGACUACCUCUGCAUAGUCGAUAGAGUGAAUAGUAAUCUACAUAAAAUCAAAUCGGAACUGGCUGCUCUUCGACAACAAGACGUGAAGCUAUUAAAACAGCUCAUUCAGAUAAGUGAAGUCAUUCAAGCAUUUUACCAAAAAGUUACCAAAGACAGUAAAUCAUCCACGGACAUUAGCCCUGAUAGUGGGCUAGAUGUGUCCGUAACUGAUGUCACACAGAUACGAAGUAUGCCAUUGGUUAGACAACAGAGCGUGCCAUAUUACUGUAGGAUUAACCAUUCCGCCGGAAGUCUGCUCAGCAGUGCUACUUCAAGUUUUGAUGAUAUUUCUGAAGAAUCAGCAGACGACAACGACAGUCUCUUCUCUUUAAGUCUCAGUGGUCAUUUCCCACCACGAUUCUCGAUCUCACUGAAUCGCGCGAGAUCUCUGUCUUUCGAAUCUUCACCAGCAGACCCGGAAGCAGAUUCUUACUUUGACGAAGUCUUGCGUAAGAAUGUAGAACUGUGGAAACUGUCGGAAAAUGUGACCUAGCUAGUAGUGAUUUAUUAUUUAAAUGCUUUCCCAACUAUCAGUGUGUAUUCAUUUGUUCUGGUGAACAUAAAAGAAAUUUGUUUAUGGAUUGCCAAUUUGUUAAUCAAUAACAUGUUGUUUUACGUGCAUCAUCAUAAAACAACCAUCAACUUGAGAGCCUUUCUUAUUUCGAUCAAGAAUGCUAACUAUUUAAUUCUACCAUGCUAACUAUUACUUACACUUUAACAUAAUGAUUGGUAGAUUAGUGUUAAGAAUUAAAGAAAAAACAUUUAUUGCAAAUAAAAAAGGAUGAAUUGUAUUAUUAUGUAUAUCAAAUACUAGGGUAUUCAAAAAAAUAUACAGUUAUUAAACUACUUGGCGCCGAUUCGUCGAUGUAUCCAUGGGGGAAGCUGGUGCCCUAACGGCCAUUGAUAAGCUUGCAUUGCCUCAGAGACAUCGGCAGAUUCAAAGUUAUUCAACCUACAAAUAAAACCAAUGAAAAAAUAAAGUAGAAGAGAAAUAAGUCUUACAUUGGCAUUUCAUUCCAACCAGCUGCAUUUUCAUUGAUUAACAAUUUGAAUUCUGGAUUGAGCGAAAUGAAGAAGCCACGCGCUUUUAAUUUUGUAACUUGGAGCUUUUUUAUGGAUCUAUUUGACUGGGCACUUAUGAGACAUUUUUUCCUAGAUAGGUAGAUUAUGAUUUCCCUCGGUUGAAUGAUGUUUUAAAAACAUCUUUUAAAAUUGAGGGAUUAAUUGUAAUUUGGAAAUUAAUAAAAAUGCAGUAUGGUUGGAUAUAUAUGUAAAAACAACCAUGAGAUUUUUCUCCAAUAUCCCAUUCUGCUUUCACAUUCUUUAAAAAGUUUUAGUGGUUUUACAAAAUAAUAUAAAAGUCUCAUGUAUUUACAACAGUGUAAGUAGCUUUAUUCUUGCAUGGGAUUUAUUUCAAUUUAAAAAAAGAAGAUAAUAUCGUUUACUGUCAUAACUUCAAAGGAGAUGCAUGCACUUGCAAAAGUUUGGGCUUGAACUGGACAUUGUAAAAACAUUUCAUCUGUAUAAGUGUUUGCUGUUCAUUUCUUGUUUGUUUUUUUUCUGUUUUCCCCGUAUAAUGCAUAAUUACAUUCUAUUGAACAAAUCAUUUCUUUAAUAUGCUGCAAAGCUAUAUGCAGCUUUUACUUUUGUAUUACCAAGAGAAAAUAAACAAUUUUUACUCAUACAAGAAAUUAUGGAAGAAAGUCAUCAAUAAACAGAAUAUUUACUUA